UUGAUUCCUACGAAAUUGCCGCAUUAUCAAAGUAUCGAAUGUUCGCUACGUUGUUUCUUCUUCAGCAGUUGUAGUAUCAAUACGAAAUUUGUUUCAAGUUAAUUGUUAAAAAUGAAGCUCAUCGGAGUGUUGAUGCUUUUGGUGGUGCAUACAGCUAGUGCAUGUGAACAAGGAAGAGCAAGUCAUUUCAUACUCGACACGAUCGACCACAAUAAAGUUGUGAUAUUCUCAAAGACAACCUGCCUGUACAGUAAUCUGGCGAAAGAGCAAUUCCAAAAGCUCAACUAUCCUUUUCUCGCUGUUGAGUUGGAUGACAGACAUGAUGGCAAAAUGAUUCAAGAUAUUUUAGGCGAAAUGACGGCCGCUUCGACGGUACCACGGGUGUUUGUUGAUGGAAAGUUCAUUGGCGGCGGAACAGAAAUAAAGGCAAUGUAUGAGAGUGGAGAAUUGAAGAAAUUAUUAAAGAUUUGAAGUGAUAAUGAGUUGCAAGAACCUUUCGAGUUUGAUUUAUUGUGAGUUAGAGCUUUUUGUGGAUUUUAUCGUUGUGCGAAGAGCUG